AUGAGCACCAGCACAGCAAGCAAGACCUCCCGAGCCGCGUCCGCCCUGGCGAGCGGCGUCGGCGGCGUGGUGCUCGGCGGGACGGCCAUCUUCAGCGCCAUGAACGGCUUUACGCCGCACAUGGCGGGCUCUAUCGACAUCAUGGUAGUCGAGCAGCCGGAUGGCACGCUGAAGUGCUCUCCAUUUUACGUGCGCUUUGGCAAGUACACUCCCAUGCGCGCCAAGGACAAGGUGGUGCGCAUUAGCGUCAAUGGCGAGGAGGCGCCCUUCAGCAUGCACCUGGGGGCUUACGGCCAGGCCUACUUUGCGGCCGAGACGACAGAGAUUGUCAGCGACGCCAGCGACGAGGACGACAUGCUGUCAGGCAUGAUGUCGCCGCCCAGCGGUUACUCAUCGGCAGAUGAAGGGGCGCCUUAUGCGAAUGAGGAGAUCAUGUCGGCGGUCAGGGAGGAGGCCGAGCGCCGCAAGCGCGAGGGCACAGCGGGCGCCGCCGCGUUGCGGCAGGCCGCGGACGCGGAGCGGGAGGGUGCAGCAGGGGCUGAGCGGGUGCAAGAGCAGCAGCCGCAGGCUGGCGAGGCGUCAACAUCUCAGCAGCAGCAGCAGCAACAGCAGCAGAGGCAGCGGCAGCAGCAGCGGCACCCGACCAGCCGUCUGGCGGUCACGAGUGCCGAGCCUGUGGGCGCCAGCGGCGAGGAGAGCAGCUCAGAGCUCUCGGAAAGCUCGGAUGACGCCGCAUCCUCUGGCCCUCCCGUGCCGGCCCCCGCCGCCACCCUGCCCCCGCUCCCGCCCACUUCACCCCUCCAAGUGCGCCGCCGCUCCGCCGGCGGCGGCGGCACGGGCGGCGCCGCGGCGGCGGCGCUCGAGGCGGCGGCGGCCGCGUCGAGCGCCGCGAAGGCCAGCACGCUCGCGGCGCCGAACGCGGGGCCGCUGGAAGACCUACUGCUGGAUAGUAAGUUUUCUGUAGCUGCCACGGAUUCGGUAGACCUUCUGGAGGCGCGCGCCGCGGAGCGCGCUGCGCCAGGCCCGGAGCGCGCGCAGCACGCGUGGGCUGUCGCGCGGCGCGCGCCGGCAGCAGCGGGCGGGCUGGACGCGCCGGGGGCGCCGGCGGGGGAUGGCAGGCCCGCUGCAGGGGCGUCGCCUGCCGUCGGCAUCCCUGCGUCAAACGGGCAAGAGCUUGACCGAGAGAGUGUGGGUCCUGCUGAUUCCUCAGCGCAAAAAGCCGCGGGCGGGCUGCCGCCGCGGCCGCAGCAGCACAGACCACCGGCCGCGGCCAGCGCAGCGCCCUUGGCGGCGGUGUCCGAGGGCGAAAGCGCCGCGGCAGCAGAGGAUGCUGCUGUGCUGGUUGAGUCGCUCGAGGUUGGCGCUGCAAGUGCAAAGCUGGCCGCUGAGGCGGCAGAUGGCGCCCCAGCAGCUGCGGAUCAGCGGCCCCAGCAGGAGCAGGAGCAGGAGCAGGAGCAGGAGCAGCAGGAGGAGGAUGCUGGGCCCAUCCUUGGUGGGAGCUCCAGCGAGGAGGAGGGGGAGGAAGUGACGUCACCGCCGUCUCCCGCGCAGAACGCUAAGCCCCCGCCGGGCCUGCUGUCUGCCAGCAUCAGCAAGGCGCGCGACGCCACAGGCGCGUCCUCGGCGGCGCCCGCACCCGCACCCGCGGCCGCGCCGCCGGCCGCGUCUUCGCCGGUGCCCAUCGCGGGUGCGGCCGCCGCAAACGGCGACGCCGCCGCGCCGCUGGGGGCGUCGCCGGCCGACGCGGGAUACCUGGCAGACAGCGAGGGCCCGCACGGCGGCGCCGGCUUGGCUGCGGCCUCGGGCACGGGCGCGCCGUCCGCCGCGGGCGCGGCCGUGCCUGCCGCCGCGUUCCACGGCGCGAUGGCGCUGGGAGGGCAGGGCUUCCAGAUGUCCCUCUGCGGCCACCUGCUGCGGCGUGGCACGCCCGCUGCAGAGGCUCUCCAGGUGUUCGAGGCGCACCGCAUCACCGCGGCUGCGUGGGCGGCGGCCGGCGCGCGCCUGUGGCGCGAGGAGUCGCUGGUGGUGCGGGUGGGGGGCGCGCUGUACCCCUGGGCGGCGGCGGCGCCGGCGGUGAUGGGGACUCUUGCGUUCGGCGGCCCCUGGCACGAGACGCUCGCGGGCGCGACCGCAGCGGGCGACGGCGACACGUGGCACCCGCUGCGCGUGCAGGAAGAAAGACAGGGGCCGGCCAAGAAGGUCGGGGACGGUGGCGACGCUGUGGCCGGCACGACGCCGCCGGGGGCCGGCAGCAGCUGGCGGCUGUGGCCGUUCUCGGGGUGGCGCGACGCGCCCAGCGCGGCAGCGGCUGCGGCGGCCGCUGCGGCAGGCAGGCCUGUGUCCGCGCUCGCGUCGGCGGUAGCCGCGGUCAAGGGCUCCGGCGGCGGCUCGGCGGCC